CAAGACCUUACAUCCUGUGUGCUGCAAUCCAAUUUUCUCCAUUUUUCUCUCUCCAGGUUCUCAAAAUUCUACCAAUUCCAUCAUCCAAGUCUUACCUCAAAAGCCAGCGCCUGUGAGGCUGUCCUUGGGGUUUUUUCACACCCAAUUACGUCUUGGUGAGUCAACUAAUUCAGAACCAACCCAUCGAAACUCUAGCAAUUCUCUCCUCUGGGUCUCUCUUGAUUCCCUUAAAACCUUCAAUUCUGCAGUUUUAUUUUUAUUUUUGGGAUUUUUAUUCACGGACCCAUAUGGGUCCAAUGGACGAUGCAAAGAACGAGCUGGUGAGUCGCCUCGUUGAGUUGAUAAAAGACAUUUCCGGUUUACCCGACUGCCGAAAUGUCUCCAAGAAAUGGUACAAUAAUUUGGUUCGUAGAGUGAAGCUACUGAGCCCUCUGUUUGAUGAAUUGAAGGACAGUGAUGAAGAGCUCAGUGACGACGUUGUUUUUGGGCUUGAUCAGUUGAAGAUUGCUUUGAUUAAGGCUAAAGAUCUUCUCCGAUCUGUCAAUGAAGGCAGCAAGAUUUUUCAGGCUCUGCAAAUGGACAAAAUUGCAGGCAGGUUCCAUCAAGUGACAGAACAUAUUGAAGCAGCAUUGAGCCAGGUUCCGUAUGAUAAACUCGAUAUCACGGAGGAAGUUCGAGAACAGAUUGAUCUUGUGCAUGCACAAUUUAAAAGAGCAAAGGGAAGGAUGGACUGGCCUGAUUUACAACUGGAAAUGGAUUUAGCCAUGGCACGAAGGGAAAAAGACCCCGAUGUUUCACUUUUGAAAAGGCUUUCGGAAAAGCUGUAUCUCAGGACUAUAGAUGAUCUGAAGGGGGAGUCACUUGCUAUCCAUGAUAUAGUUAUAUCAAGUGCUGGAGUUUCCGAGGACUGUUUUGAAUCCAUGUCAUUUCUUCUUAAGAAGCUAAAGGACUCUGUAGCAAUCAGAAACCCCGAUUUUGACACCCCUGAGGAUGAAAAGGUUUUGAUUAAGCGCAGAUCUCCAGUUAUCCCAGAUGAUUUUCGGUGUCCAAUAUCCCUUGAAUUGAUGAAAGAUCCUGUUAUUGUCUCUACUGGACAGACAUAUGAAAGGUCCUGUAUUCAAAAAUGGCUGGAUGCAGGGCACAAGACUUGUCCCAAGACUCAGCAGACUCUUUUGCACACGGCCUUAACACCCAACUAUGUUCUGAAGAGUCUUAUUGCUUUAUGGUGUGAGAGUAAUGGUGUUGAGCUGCCAAAGAACCAAGGCAAUGGUAGAAAUAGAAGAUCCGGAAGUGGUAAUUCAGAGUGUGAUCGAACUGCUAUUGAUACCUUGUUACAGAAACUUACAAAUGGGGAUUCAGAACAGCAAAGGGCAGCUGCUGGUGAGCUCCGCUUGCUGGCAAAGCGAAAUGCCGGUAACAGAGUAUGUAUUGGAGAGGCAGGAGCCAUUCCACUGCUUGUAGAGCUACUAUCCUCGGCUGAUUCUCGGACCCAAGAGCACGCCGUUACUGCACUUCUAAACCUUUCCAUAAAUGAGGCCAACAAGGGAAGUAUUGUAAAUGCAGGUGCUAUACCCGACAUAGUAGAUGUGUUGAAAAAUGGCAGCACUGAAGCAAGAGAAAAUGCUGCUGCAACCCUUUUUAGUCUAUCCGUUGUAGAUGAGAACAAGGUGGCAAUAGGUGCAGCAGGGGCUAUCCCAGCUCUUAUUGAUUUGCUUUGCCAGGGCACUCCAAGAGGAAAGAAAGAUGCGGCUACUGCUAUUUUUAACCUCUCAAUAUAUCAAGGAAACAAGGUGAGGGCUUUAAGGGCCGGGAUUGUGCCACAUCUGAUGAGAUUUCUUAAGGAUGCUGGGGGUGGAAUGAUGGAUGAGGCAUUGGCCAUUUUGGCUAUACUUGCAAGCCAUCAAGAAGGGAAAGUAGCCAUUGGUCAGGCUGAACCAAUUCCAGUUCUGGUUGAGGUUAUAAGAACUGGUUCACCACGCAACCGAGAGAAUGCUGCAGCGAUAUUAUGGUCUCUCUGUACAGGCGAUGUCCAGUACUUGAAAAUAGCAAGGGAGCUUGGAGCAGAAGAGGUAUUGAAGGAACUGUCAGAGAAUGGCACAGAUAGGGCCAAGAGAAAAGCAGCAAGUGUUCUAGAGCUACUCCAAAGAGUUGAUGCUGUCUGUAUUCCAUGAUAUUCAAGUGAAAUGAAGGUUUUUUCCUGAAUUUGUUGAAAUUAUGAAGUUCAAGGUAUGGUAGACCUUGGAAAGUUAUGCAGGAUAACUGUUAUCUACCCGAGACAUGCGUGGUUUUAUAGUUGUAUAAUUUCAGUACAUUAAAUCAAGUUGUUUUUGUACAAAAAAUAUAGGGGGAAGGAGGUGUCAUGUUUUCUUUCAUGGAUUGUUGAUUAUGGGACAUCGGUAUAUUUGUUGCCCUGUUGAAGAGUGGGAAAGAUCAGCAUUUAAUUCAACUUUCGAAGGAGGCGAGUAACUUUACAGUUGCCUUUUGUAUCUAGGAUGAGCUUUAUUCUUUACCAUUCGAUUCUUGUG